AGGUAUUGGCAACCUGCUACAGCACUGUAAAAAUGCCCCUCCAACAGAUUUCUGUAGUUCCAGCGCGGGAGACUGCCAGCAAUGGGAGAAGUUCAGUGGGCAGAAACAAAGAGAAGAGCAAGGAAGUCGAGAAUUUCAGAAAUUGAGAAGGGCUAAUUGGAAGGAGAAAAUGUUGGGCUGGUGCCAAGCAAUAGCUCGUAACCCUCACAGACUUCCAAACAGCACAAGAACACCCGAGGUCUCAGGUGAUGCUUCACAUAACUCUACUUUGAGUGACAAAUCCCCAGGGCGUUCCACAAGUCGAUCAAGUAACAUUUCAAAGGCAAGCAGUCCUACAACAGGAACAGCUCCCAGGAGUCAGUCACGGUUGUCUGUCUGCCCUUCCACUCAGGACAUUUGUAGAUCUACUACGUUGCAUGAUUUGUCAGAAGAUGAGCUUGAACAUGCAACCCCUGUCAUGGUGCUGACUCCUUCUAAUAGGGAGUCUGGUAAGAAACAAGUAAAACGAAGGUUUAGGCGGAAUAAAGAGACUGGAGACAAUGGUGAGCAUACUGAAAAGCAAGGAAAGGGGAAAGACUGUAAAUUACACCCUAAACCAGAGAGAUCGAGCUGGAAUGCAUCUGAUUCAUCAUCAUCUUCGGAUGAGAGUCAGUGGGCUCAGGAUAGGAGGAGAGCAAGAGAAAAGGCCAGAAUGCCCAGGAGGGGGAGAAGGAACAAUAGAUCAUGUACUAAGCAGGACGAGUCCUCAAACAGUAAUGCUGUUGAACUUGUCACCCUGGGGACAACGGGGAAAAAGAAGCAAGAAGUAUCUGACCCUGAGAACCCUACUUUAAAUCACCGCAGAAGAAGGGCUCCAAGGCUUAAGGAAUCACAGUCUUCAGCGUCAUCUCAGGAAGCAAGGAUUUCUUCAAGGAAAUGUGGGAAAAGCAAAGGCAAAAGCUACUACAGAGAUCGGCAGCCUGCCAUUAGACACAGUAAAGAUUCAAAGGACUGCUUUGCAGAGGCAGGCUCCAGCAGUGAUGCCCUGGCAGUCCCAGAUAACAGAGCACCUGCUGGGACAGGGCCCCGUCUGACUGACGCUGUUCAGAAGCCUCCAGUGUUGUAUGAUGACUUGUCUGAUGAUUUUGAAGUAUGCAGGAUCUGUCACUGUGAGGGAGAUGAUGAAAGUCCCCUCAUCACACCAUGUCGCUGCACAGGGACCCUGCGCUUUGUCCAUCAGGCCUGCCUGCACCAGUGGAUUAAGAGCUCAGACACACGCUGUUGUGAACUCUGCAAGUACGACUUUAUAAUGGAGACCAAGCUCAAACCUCUUCGGAAGUGGGAGAAACUACAGAUGACAACAAGUGAGAGGAGGAAAAUAGUUUGUUCAGUCACAUUCCAUGUAAUUGCAAUUACCUGUGUUGUUUGGUCAUUGUACGUUUUAAUUGAUAGAACCGCUGAGGAAAUUAAACAAGGCAAUGAUAACGGUGUCCUUGAAUGGCCAUUUUGGACAAAACUCGUUGUGGUGGCCAUAGGAUUCACAGGGGGCCUGGUCUUCAUGUACGUGCAGUGUAAGGUUUAUGUUCAGCUGUGGCGCAGGUUGAAAGCCUACAACAGAGUGAUCUUUGUUCAGAACUGCCCAGAAACCGCCAAAAAAAUGGAGGAGAAGAACUCUUCGAGCACUCAGACCUCGGAUGUCAAGGAUGCAGUGGUGGUGCCAGUAGCACAGACAGGUACAAACUCUCAGCUGGCAGCUGAAGAAACAUCGUCUGAGGUCAUGCCAGUUUGACAGAGACAGCAUUGUUUCUUUCUUGCAGAAUGAGAUGUAGUGUUUUCUACACUACAAAUGCUGAACAAGAGUAGAAAUGACUGUGCAUUUUUACUUUUAAAAAACAAACAAAAAAAACACACAAAAAACUAAACCCUUCAAGGAAAAUGGAUCCAGCAAAGCAACUUGUUACUGUAUGGAAUGUGACCGUUUGUGAAGUAGUUUCUCAACUAGUCAGCAAGUGUAGUGAAAGUGGAAGUGUAGAAAGUGCAAUAGGGAACAGGUUUAACAGACAAUGCCAAACCAACGUGACAAGAGUACUCUUUUUUUUUUUUUUUUUUUUUUUCCUUUUCAAUUUAAACUGGAUGGCUGGGAAGGUAGAACAGACCUGUGAUACAAUAAUUUUGUUUACAGGAAGCAAAAAGAAACCUUUCAUCUGUUUACUACUAGAAGUUGUAUUUGCUAUUUAUCUUCUUAAAGAUAGACUCCAAAGGGGUACUGUCCAAGUUAUAUGCAUUACCUGAAGCCUACAGGGCUGAAUCCCAGCACUCCCUCUCUGAGCCUCAUAAGGUAACACAUGUUGACAUGACUGCAGUGGCGCCUGAAUGUUUGGGCAGCUGUGUCAACUAAGGAUGUUUGGAACGUCUGAGGGGUAGCAUUGUUUUUAAAUAUGCCUGAAUUUUUUAAAAGUCAGCAAUUCCAAGUCAUCUGUCCAUAAGCUACAGAUACUUUUUUAAGUAUAGCUGUCAGCAAAGUAAGUAGGGGAAGGAGAUAUGUGUGGAUAUGCAUUUAGAACAGCAGCUCAGCUGUUUAUUUUACUUUGCAAGAAUGAAUUAGACUUUCACUGAAUACACAAAGUUGUGAGGCAGAACUAUAAAUGAAAAAAUGCAGUUUACUGCAGAAUCACAGAAAAAUAAAUUACAUGUUAUCAAAGGUCUGAAAAAGGAUGACACAUAAAGGAAGAUGGAAGCCAUUUUUGGUUUGUUUUUUUUUUUUUUAACAUCCAUGACACAGAAGGGUAGAUGUAAUAGAAUAUACUUAUGUAUCUUUAAGAGAACAUUAGUUUUUAUCCCCAUGUUCUGAAAUGUUAGUUUUUAACUUCUGGACUGAAAACAAUGUAUCAGUGGUUUCCCUCUGCACAGGUGAAGUUGAGGUGUUAGACAUUCAACAGUUCAGUUGUUAACUUAGUGUUCUGAGCAUUCCCAUAUAAAAAUGAAGUGUGAAUAGCAUUAAAGGGUACAAUAGAUAAAUGAAUGUAGAUAUAAUACUGUGUGCAGCAGGGUGAAUUAUAUAUAAAGAACAAAUUUUGUGAUUCACUUCUCAUACCUGUGAUGUUUACCAUCAGGACAUGACAACAAGCAUUGACUUGGAGUAGUUAUGUAUGGGUGUGGACAAGCCUGGGGCCUGAACAUAAUGUAUGUUUUUUAAAAAAAAAAAAGUUAAAAGUUCUUUUUUUAUAAUGAAUGUAGGUAGUACUGGAAGUAGCAGUAAUAGAAAGAAAUGUGUCUUUUAUGGAACCACUGUUAUUCUGUACUGGAAUUGCUCAUGUAAUUUGGCCAUGAGUGUCCCGCUAGAAAGGACACAAAAUACUGGUGCUUGAAUAGGCCCAUAUUAAUAUUUGAUCUAAGUUGCUCCAGGUGAGUUCAAAUAAUGUUCUUUUCCACAUAAUUACAUGCACUUUUCACAUGAAGUAACUUUCCAAUUAUACAAUUAUGAAUUGAAAGUGUAGCAGCUUCUCAUUUGAAAUUACAUGCAAUAGUAACCAAAUCAUUUAUCUGUCUAUAAUUGUGGAAGAGACUCCAGAAUGUAUUCAGAAAACCAUGACAGUAGUAAGGAAUGCCUGGUUACUGUAUCUGUUUAAGAUAUUCUGCAAAGUGUUUUCUACAAGUGUAAAUCUACUUGCUACAACGUAAGUCUCAUGACAUCUAAACACUUAAAAUUACUAGCUGCAGCUACAGGUUUUUAAUUAUGUUUACAAUAAAACCAGAUGGAUCGCAGCAAAAUUGACAAAGAACAUUAUUAUGGAGGAUAAUUAAAAUCUUUCUGAAAAUCAGAAAGUUUCUUACUAAGUGGCAGUAGCCCCACUUCAAAGAACAAGAGAGCUUGUUCUUUGACCUGCAUAUUAUUAGCAUCAUAAACUCACUGAAAGUGCUUUAUCCCCAUUUUUUGAUGCAGACUAAGUUGCAUUAUUUUUUUUCUUGCAUAACUAUAAAAUUUAAAUUAAAUAAAAUAAUACUUGAGUCUUCUGAAAGCAAAUCUAUAGCAUCCAAAAAGCUUACUCUACAUUUUUUAAAAUACACUGAAGAGUCAGCAACAGAAUAGACAACUUGCAAAGAUGUUUUAUACUGAUGACUCCAAGUUCAAAACACUAUUUUGACUUUCAUGUCAAACUACAUGUGCAACUGAGCUUACAGGUAAAUAUAAAAAUGGAGAAAGACUUAAUUUGAAAUUCCUCCUCUCCCUUGGAAGUAUCACUUUGGACAGCAGGAAAAGGAGCAAAAGGAGACAGCAUCUGCCAAGACAGACUGAAACAAGUCAGCAGCAAGUGUCAUUACAGCAGCUUUUCAAGCAUUACAGUAUUAGCCUGUGCAUCCUUUUCUCAGGUGCACUGAAUAUUCUAAAGCUUUCAGGGAUUUCAUGCAGGAUUUUGGAAUUUGUUUCUGAAGCAGUAAGGUUCCUCUUCAAGGGGGGAAGGAGCCAGUAAUACCAACAUGCCUUGGAUACAGGCCUGCAUGAAAAAGGAGGGUGCAUGAAUAUAGACACUAGACAGCUGCUUAUCAACACAUUAUUCCCACACAAAGCACAAUUUUCUGUAUUAAUUUAAUGACCACAGGAUUCUAUCCUGCAAAAACAGUGUACUAAAAGUUUUAAGAUACAUUCUAAGACUUUAAUUAAAAUGAUGUAUCAACUAAAGAUCAGUAUCAAACUGCCUGUGCAGCCACAGUGCAUCUCAGGCAAAUGUGCAGACAGCAAAAUUUAGCCUGACUCAACUCAGCAGGCCAGAACUUUGCUCUGAGCUGCCAUUACAGAAAAGAGCUUAAUCUGCUUUCUUGUUUAAGCAAAGUUUUCAGGAAGGUAGGUAAUCUGGUGUCAGAUCAGAUCUGGUAUUUUAAAAAAGAUACUCUUAACCUGUGAACAUGCACGUUUCUUUUCCUGUUUUAUGCUAAAAGCAUUAUGAAGUUUAUUUCAAACUGGCAUCAACAUAUCACUUUGACUAUCAUUAGCAUUACAAAGAUUCUUAACUAGUCCAAUUGUGCCAUUCAUUCACUGCCAUAUCUGAAAGCAGUGUUUAUUUUUGUUAUGUAGAAAGAAAUAGUAAUUCCCCAGCACCAGAACAAACCAUUUAUAAUUUCUAAUAAAGCAACAAAACUUGCUCUACGAUGAAAAUAUUUUACUGUGUGUAAUAUCUGGAACUAUGAGUUUGUGUUACUUGUUCGACUCCCUCUCUUUUGCGAAAGAAAAAUUGUAUGUUCUUGUGGGUGAACGUGUACUGGAAGACAGAAGGUAAGGGAAACAAAAGUAAUAUAUCUGCUUAUUGUUGUGAAAAAAAUGUAUUUGUAUUAAACAAAUGACCCCAACUACUGUAGUAUUCUACACGUGUCCCUUUGUUAUACGGAGAAUCAGAUGCUGAACAUGAACUGGCAAAAAC